AUGCGGGCGAAGCGCGUCGCGCGUCGCAGGGCGGCGGCCUCCACGUGGCAAAGUCUCGUGCGGCGGCGGACGGCGGCGUCGCUCAUGUCGUCGCCGUGGGUCCCACUGGAGGCGAACCCUGAGCUGUUUAGCGAGUGGUGCGCGUCGCUGGGCCUGGACCGAAAGAAGUAUGCGUUCCAUGAUGUCUUUGGCCUAGACGACGAGCUUCUAGCGAUGGUGCCAGCCCCAGUUGAGGCUGUGCUCUUUCUCUUCCCAUGCACGCCUGCGACCGAGGCGGAGCGCGAGCACGAGGACGUGGCGCCGGACGCAGACCUUCUAUGGUUCAAGCAGACCAUUGGGAAUGCGUGUGGCACCAUUGGCCUGCUGCAUGCGGUCGCCAAUUCGCGCGCUCGUGCGGCGCUUCCGCCAGGCUCGCCUCUGGCGGUUCUGUUUGACAAGGCGGAGUCAUUGGCGCCAGAGGAGCGCACGCGUCUCAUCGCCGAGAGCGACGCACUGCAGCAGACACAUGCGAGCAUUGCCGCGCAGGGCCAGUCGGACGCGCCUGCGGCCGAUGAGGACGUGGACCUGCACUUUGUGGCAUUUGUGCGCAGCGCGUCCGGCGCGCUCAUCGAGCUGGACGGCCGGCGCUCAGGACCGAUUGUGCGUGCUGCGCAUGUGCCGGAGGAUGGUCUCCUUUCCGCUACCGCGCACUUUGUUCAGACGCACUACAUGGCCCGCGACCCUGACGCUGUGCAGUUCAACCUGAUUGCCUUGGGCCCUGCUGUCUAG